CAACCCGGACAGGGAGGGUGGAUUGGGACACGGUCCCCCAGCCAGCUGCUUGAGGUGUCGUCUGUGCCACGGAUUUCUCAGACCAGAGGAGCUGAGACAAUGCCCCCCUUUAGCACUGGGGUCAUGGGCCAUCACCGGGCACGUCGCCGCUGAGCCAGUUUCCCCCUUUCCUUCCCCCACCUAAAGAUGGCCAGUGCCAACGAGACUGAAGAAGCCCAUGGCUCAGCGCCCCACGCAGCCUCCACCUAUGCCAAGUUGCUGCUCUUGGGCCUCAUCAUCUGUGUGAGUCUGGCAGGGAACCUGUCUCUCUCGCUGCUGGUCUUGAAAGAGCGUGGCCUCCACAAAGCACCCUACUACUUCCUGCUGGACCUGUGCCUGGCUGAUGUGAUCCGCUCAGCUGUCUGCUUCCCCUUUGUCCUCGUCUCAAUCCGCCACGGCUCUGCUUGGACUUACAGUGUGUUGAGCUGCAAGAUUGUGGCUUUCAUGGCUGUCCUCUUCUGUUUCCAUGCUGCCUUCCUCCUCUUCUGCAUCAGUGUCACACGCUACAUGGCUGUGGCCCAUCACCGCUUCUAUGCUAAACGCAUGACCUUCUGGACAUGCGUGGCUGUCAUCUGCAUGGUGUGGACUUUGUCCGUGGCCAUGGCCUUCCCACCCGUCUUCGAUGUUGGGACCUACAAGUUCAUCCGCGAGGAGGACCAGUGCAUCUUUGAGCACCGCUACUUCAAAGCCAAUGACACCCUGGGCUUCAUGCUCAUGCUAGCUGUGCUGAUCUUUGCCACCCACGUGGUUUACAUCAAGCUCCUUCUCUUUGAGUACCGCCAUCGCAAGAUGAAGCCUGUCCAGAUGGUCCCAGCUAUCAGCCAAAACUGGACGUUCCAUGGGCCGGGAGCCACUGGGCAAGCUGCAGCCAACUGGAUUGCUGGCUUUGGCCGUGGCCCCAUGCCUCCUACCUUGUUGGGCAUCCGGCAGAAUGCUCACGCUGCCAACCGGCGCUUGCUGGGCAUGGAAGAAUUCAAGGCUGAGAAGAGGCUAGGCAGGAUGUUCUACGUCAUCACUUUGCUCUUUUUGGUUCUGUGGUCACCCUACAUUGUGGCCUGCUACUGGAGGGUAUUUGUCAAAGCCUGUAGCAUCCCCCACCGCUACCUCUCCACAGCUGUUUGGAUGAGCUUUGCCCAAGCUGCUGUCAACCCCAUAGUUUGCUUUGUACUCAACAAGGACCUCAAGAAGGGCUUGAUCACCCACAUUCCCUGCUGGAGGACAGAGCCCGAACUGCCCAGAGAGCCUUAUUGUGUGAUGUGAGGAGUGCCAAGGGUUGGCUAGAAGGCAUCUGCCUGUGCCAAACUGAAUUUGAGUUUCAUUUCUUUCUUAUUUAUAUAUCACACGAGAUGCCAAAAGAUGGGUCGUUCUGCUUCCCCUGCAAUUUUGGCCAUGGUUCCCCAGGGUACUUGGUGUCACAAUGGACUAUGAUCGCUUCAGUUAUCCCAGGGCAAAUAUCCAAAACCACUCAUUAACUACAAUGAGAUCAGAGCUGGAUUCUGGUCUCAGCUCCCCUGGGGUAAAUCCAGAGCUAUACGAUGACAGUAACUGGUCCCCAGUAGUGUUCCAGCCAGUUCUUAGAAGGGAUACAAAAUAUCCUGUGCAUCAUGGAGUUUUCCUCUUUUUAUAGCCCACAAACUCUAUCCAGUUUCUUGAAUCAGACACUGCAGAACUCCAUAGAACCAACA